UCACCCCGGGCCUUGCCCAGUGGACUUGCCUUGAAGGAUUAGAACCCCAGAAGCGGGCCUUGGCGGGAGCCUUCCACUGCGUCGGCGGCUUUUCCUCGUGGAUCGUUCUGGAACUAGAGAUGCCAUUAGGCUGUUAUUUUAUCUAAUGGUGAGAAGUCAGCCCAGAGAUGGAAAACUUCAUUCUGUAUGAGGAGAUUGGCCGAGGAAGCAACACCGUUGUUUAUAAAGGGCGUCGGAAGGGAACAAUCAAUUUUGUAGCUAUUCUUUGUACUGAUAAGAACAAAAGGCCUGAAAUAACCAAUUGGGUCCGUCUCACCCAUGAAAUUAAACACAAAAAUAUUGUAACUUUUCAUGAAUGGUAUGAAACCAGCAAUCAUCUCUGGCUAGUGGUGGAACUCUGCACAGGUGGUUCCUUGGAAAUGGUUAUUGCUCAAGAUGAAAACCUCCCAGAAGAUGUUGUUAGAGAAUUUGGUGUUGACCUCAUUACUGGAUUAUAUCAUCUUCAUCAACUUGGCAUUCUCUUUUGUGACCUUUCUCCUGGCAAGAUACUCUUGGAAGGGCCUGGCACAUUGAAGUUUAGUAAUUUUUGCUUGGCCAAAGUAGAAGGUGAAAAUUUGGAUGAGUUCUUUGCUUUGGUGGCAGCAGAAGAAGGCGGAGGUGAUAGUGGGGAAAAUGUACUGAAGAAAACUGUAAAAAGUAGAGCCAAAGGAUCUCUUACAUAUACAGCGCCAGAAAUUUUAAGGGGUGCUGACUUCUCCAUCACCAGUGACCUCUGGUCUUUGGGCUGCCUGCUUUAUGAAAUGUUUUCAGGAAAACCUCCAUUCUUCUCAGAAACUUUUUCAGAAUUAGUUGAAAAGAUUUUUUAUGAGGAUCCUUUGCCACCUAUUCCAAAAGAUCCUUCUCUUCCUAAAGCUUCUUCAGAUUUUAUUAAUUUGCUUGAUGGUUUACUUCAAAAGGAUCCUCAGAAGAGAUUAACUUGGGCAGGCCUACUGCAGCAUUCAUUUUGGAAGGAUGCCUUCAGUAGGAAAGAUCAGGAAUCAAGCAUUGAGGAUUCCAACAUCAGCAGGAAAGUGAUGGAGCUUUCUGGGACACAAGAUCGCAAGGAGUUUUUGAAGCCUCCGAGUGGACAAGCCAAGGGGGAGAAGAGCGGUCAGCGCUUAAGUCACUCUUUCAGACUAGAAAAUCCAGCCGAGUUGAGGCCUAAAAGUACUGUUGGAGGUCAACCGAAUGAGUCCAUGUUUCUUCUCAGUACUCGUCCAACUCCAAGAACGAGCACUGCAGUGCGAUUAAGUCCUGGUGAGGACAGGACUCAGCAUUCACCCCAGAAGACUUCUCCUUCAACCAAGAAUACAAGCGGACACCUGAGUCAGCAGGACCUGGAAUCCCAGAUGAAAGAGCUUAUCUACAUGGACUCUGAUCUCGUUGUCACCCCCAUCAUCGACAACCCAAAGAUAAUGAAACAACCACCAAUUAAAUUUGAUCCAAAGAUACUGCAUCUCCCGGCACAUUCAGUGGAUAAGUUAAUAUUUCUAAAAGACCAAGAUUGGAAUGACUUUUUACAGCAAGUGUGCUCACAGAUCGACUCCACUGAAAAGAGCACAGGGGCCUCCCGAGCCAAGCUCAAUCUCCUUUGCUAUCUGUGUGUUGUGGCUGGACACCGGGACGUGGCCACCCGGCUCCUCCAUUCCCCGCUGUUCCAGUUGCUAAUCCAGCAUUUGAGAAUAGCUCCAAACUGGGAUAUACGGGCCAAGGUUGCUCGGGCGAUUGGUUUACUGGCCUCGCACACAACUGAGCUCCAGGAAAAUACACCGGUUACUGAGGCAAUUACUGUCUUAACUGAAUUAAUUAGGGAAAACUUCAGAAACAGUAAAUUAAAGCAGUGCCUGUUACCAACCCUUGGGGAGCUGAUCUACCUUGUAGCCACCCAGGAAGAAAAAAAAAAGAACCCUAGAGAGUGUUGGACCGUUCCCUUGGCCGCUUAUACAGUGCUAAUGAGGUGCCUUCGGGAAGGGGAAGAACGUGUUGUGAAUCACAUGGCUGCAAAGAUUAUUGAAAAUGUCUGCACUACCUUUUCUGCUCAGGCCCAGGGCUUUAUUACAGGGGAAGUUGGACCCGUCUUAUGGUACCUAUUCAAACAUUCCACUGUUGAUUCUCUCAGGAUCACAGCAAUAUCGGCCUUGUGUAGAAUCACCCGUCAUUCUCCUACUGCCUUCCAGAAUGUUAUUGAGAAGGUGGGACUGAACUCAGUGAUAAACUCCCUGGCCUCAGCCAUCUGCAAAGUUCAGCAGUACAUGUUGACCUUAUUUACUGCAAUGUUGUCUUGUGGGAUUCAUCUUCAGAGACUAAUCCAAGAAAAGGAUUUUGUCUCUACAAUUAUUCGUUUACUCGACAGCCCCUCAACUUCCAUUAGGGCAAAAGCCUUCCUCAUUCUUUUAUAUAUUUUGAUUCAUAACCGCGAGAUGCUGCUGCUCGGCUGCCAAGCAAGGCUGGUGAUGUACAUCGAGAGAGACAGCAGAAAGACCACUCCAGGCAAGGAGCAGGAAAGCAGCAAUGAAUACCUGUCCAGAUGCCUGGACCUUCUCAUCCAUCACAUCGUGCAGGAACUGCCACGGAUCCUGGGUGACAUUCUUAAUGCCUUGGCUAAUGUUUCUGGCCGCAAACACCCAUCAACAGUCCAAGCGAAGCAGCUGAAGCUGUGUCUACCCCUGAUGCCUAUCGUGCUUCACCUCGUAACUUCUCAGGUAUUUCGACCUCAAGUUGUAACAGAAGAAUUCCUUUUCAGUUAUGGAACUAUUCUUAGUCAUAUUAAAUCUGUAGACUCAGGAGAAACUAACAUAGAUGGAGCUAUAGGAUUGAUGGCAUCGGAAGAGUUUAUCAAGAUCACGUUGUCGGCUUUUGAAGCAAUAAUACAGUAUCCUAUUUUGUUGAAAGACUAUCGCUCUACGGUUGUUGACUAUAUCCUGCCACCCUUGAUCUCCUUGGUUCAGAGCCAAAAUGUGGAGUGGAGACUCUUCAGCUUGAGGUUACUCUCAGAAACCACAUCUCUACUCGUGAACCAGGAGGUUGGGGAUGACAAGAAGGAGGCGAAUGUUGAUUUUGACAGCAAUCUGCUAGCUCUCAUUAGAGACGUCUUACUUCCCCAGUAUGAGCACAUCCUCACAGAGCCUGACCCCGUCCCAGCAUAUGCUCUGAAAUUGCUAGUUGCGAUGACAGAACACAACCCAACUUUCACCAGACUUGUGGAAGAGAGCAAACUGAUCUCACUCAUUUUUGAAGUAAUUCUGGAACAUCAGGAGAACAUUCUGGGUAACACUAUGCAAAGUGUGAUUGCAUUGCUCAACAAUCUGGUUGCCUGCAAAGAUUCAAAUAUGAAGCUACUUUAUGAACAAGGACUGGUCCGCCACGUCUGUGACCUGUUCACUGAAACCGCCACACUAUGCCUGGAUGUGGACAAUAAGAACAACAAUGAGACGGCAGCCGCACUGCUCUUCUCCCUGCUCGAUAUUCUGCAUGGCAUGCUGACCUACAUGUCCAGCGUUGUUCGGCUGGCUCUGCAGGCGCAGAAGUCUGGCUCAGGAGGGGACACUCAGGCUGCUGAGGACCUGCUGCUGCUCAGCAAACCUCUGACAGACCUCAUUAGCCUGCUCAUUCCGCUGCUUCCAAAUGAGGAUCCUGAAAUUUUUGAAGUGUCAUCCAAGUGUCUUUCCAUACUGGUUCAGCUGUACGGAGGGGAAAACCCAGACAGCCUGUCUCCUGAAAAUGCAGAGAAUUUUGCCAAUUUACUGACAUCCAAGGAGGACCCAAAAGAGCAGAAGCUUCUGUUGAAGAUUCUCAGAAGAAUGGUCACAUCUAAUGAGAAGCACCUGGAGAGCCUCAAGGAUGCGGGCAGCCUUCUGCAGGCUCUGGAAUGGCUGGCCCCAGCUGGGGGUUCAUCUGCUGACAGUGUGGUGGCUUCCUUGGCCCUGGAAAUCCUGCAAGCUGUUGGACAUUAGGCAAGAAGGCACUGGGCACAAGCCUGCUCUGCAGCACCCACCCUUGGCUGUGCACAUUCACCACAUCGCCACCCGUAGCUCUGGACCUAAUAAAGUCGGCUGAACCAGAACCUUCCGGUUGAGGUGUUCUCACUAACCCUGGGCCCCAGGAAACCCACUGAGAACAGAGUGGUUCCUUUAUUCCUGAGGGAUGCAUCUAGAAGCCAUGGGUUUGCUGGCUGUUCUGAGAAGGUGCUUUCCUGCUCUGUUGUGUGCUAGGUAGCCUCCACAAGUCUAUGCUAAUCAAGGAGAUGAGAAGCCACAGUCCUUGGCCUGUGGUGUCUGUGGACAUUUUUCUCCAGAGAAGAUUUAAAAGACAGGACUAGGUAUGAAUGCUCCCCCAGCCACAGCUCCAGAGCAAGCCUCUGAAAGCUAGUUUUAGUCUCGUCUUCCCACUUUUACCUCUGGCUUCUUUUCAUUUCAGGGACAAACUGAAUCCAAGAAUCCUAGGAAGGGCUGGGCAAAGCUCCACCAACAGGCAGGCAGUGUGAAGUUUGCCUAAAGGAUGCAAAAUGCUUUAGAAAUCCCAGCAUCCUUGAAGGUCUGCCCAUUUAGGUGUUGUGAUCAGGGCUGUGGCAGGAGGGGGGUGGUUCUACUUUGAUGCUAACUCCUGCCAAUUACCCCCUUACCCUUAGAACCUUCUCAGCUUCUUCCUGUGUUCCCUCACACAUAUGCUCUUAAACCUUCUACGUAUGUAAGAAGCCCGUGGAAAUAUUCGGUGGACAUUGCAGAAAGGUGCUGGGACUGUGGUAGUGAGGCAGGCUUACUCUGGAGUCUGGCCUGGAAGGUGGGGGUGGUCUGGGCAGCUCAAACCACAUCAGCAAGCUGAGGCCCUUCCUCAGCCUCUCUGGGGCCUGUAUCUCCAUCUGUAAAAGGAAACUCGCUACCACUGUCCCAAGCCCAGAUGGGAUCCUGCCCCAGACAGCAGCCACCAUGCACAGGGGGAAUGGGUAGGAUAAGCACAAGGGGGCACACAGGUGGCCCCAUCCACCGCAUCACGGGAAGCUGGUCAUGUUGUCACCAACAGCCCCACUUUAUCACGGUAGGAGACUACUACAUGGAAGUCUGCCAGCUUCCAUGUGGCUUUGUAAUGAGAACAGCAGCUCCGUGCCCAGCUCCACCAAGGGCGUGUAUGUGUUACCUUAUUUACUUGCCAUCACAACCUACAAAGCAGGCCGCCUUAGCUUCAUUUCCUGAAAGAAAACAGGCUCAGAGGAGCCAGUCCGACUGUCCAAGGCCCCAGAGUCUAAUUGAACAAAGGACCUGACCACAGCCUUUGUGUGCCCCUUAGCGGGACAGCCAGAGCUUGAGCUGGACUAGUUACAGCACAAGAGUGGCCUACCCAGGAGCAGGCAGUCUAUUUCCAUCUCUCCUAGCCUACUCACCG